AUGGCAACAGUAUCAGAUGUGCCUGAUGAGCCUGGUCAGCCGCCAGCACUGACCGCCCUCUCAUUAGCAGAAAUCUCCCAAGAAUCAAAAAUCAAGGAGCAAAUAAUCACUCCGUUCGAUGUCUCGGGAGGAGUUGACGAACACGGGAAAGCCGUUGCUAUAGACUAUGAUAAGCUGAUUGACCAUUUCGGGUCGCAAAGAAUUGAUAAAUCGAUGCUUGAGCGGUUCGAAAGACUUACUGGAAAACCACCACACAGGCUGUUACGCAGGGGUUUGGUGUUCAGUCAUAGGGACCUCAACCUGAUACUGGACAAAUACGAAAAAGGCAUUCCGUUCUUUUUGUACACUGGGAGGGGUCCGUCCAGCGGUAGCAUGCAUGUGGGACACUCAGUACCCUUCGAAUUUACAAAAUAUCUGCAAGAUGCAUUUAACGUACCACUAAUCAUUAUGCUUACCGAUGACGAGAAAUUCCUCCACUCGCCAAAACUCUCCCUCAAAGACUGCCGGAAGUUCGCUCUAGAAAAUGCAUUGGACAUAAUAGCAAUCGGCUUCGACCCGGCCAAAACGUUUAUAUUCGCGGACACCGACUUCAUAUAUGGGGGCCAUGGGGCGGCAUUUGGUCAAAAUAUACUUGAAAUUGGCAAGAAGACAACCAACAAUCAGAUCAAAGGGACAUUUGGCUUCAAUGAUACCAACAACAUACUCGAGUUCGCUUUCCCAGCAACCCAAUCAGCUACUUCUUUCGCCACCUCAUUCCCCUUCAUCUUCGGCUCGAACCCCAAAACAGUCUCCAAAAUACCCUGUCUUAUCCCCUGUGCAAUAGACCAAGACCCAUAUUUCCGCCAAUGCCGUGACAACGCACCACGACUAGGCCUAGUAAAACCGGCAUUGAUCCACACAGUCUUCCUUCCCUCCCUACGCGGAAGCGAGUCUAAGAUGUCAGCAUCGGACACAGAAUCGAGCAUCUACCUCAGCGAUACCGACAAUCAAAUCAAAAAGAAGGUUGGAAAGGCGUUCUCGGGCGGUCAAGAUACCCGCGAACUUCAAGAACAGAUAGGCGGUAGGACGGCGGUGGAUGUGCCAUUCCAGUACUUGACAUUCUUCCUCGAAUCAGAUAAGGAAUUAGGGUCCUUGAGAGAACGAUACGAGAAGGGACUCAUGCAGAGUGGAGAAAUGAAAGCUGCGGCGACCAAGGAGCUCCAGACCUACGUGGCUGCGUUUCGCGAGCGGCGGAAAGCCGUUACCCCCGAAAUCAGAGAAGAGUUCAUGAGACCGAGACAGUUGAUUUUCAGGAGCAUGCCCUCUGAAAAGGAGCAAGCGGCUAUGCUAGAAGACCGUAAAAAAGCCUUGCAAAAGGAGCUGGCCUUAAUCGAUGGUGAGAUGGAGCGGUUGCAGGGCAGUGGGGCUUAG